GGAUGGUCAUGAUCAUGAGAGAGACGGAGCUGUGCUGCUGUUGAGCGCUGAACUUGAGACCGUGUCUCGGUCACGUCUCAAGUGCCUCUCACUUUUGUCAAUUUUACUAUCGACCGCUAAGCAGUUUGUUUUGAUAUACCGCCUUCGGAUUACAUUGAAGAUAAAAAAAGUAUCCCGAGUUUUUCUCCGAGUUGCGUGCGACACUGCGCUAUAGAGCAACGUUGAACUGAAUUCAACAUCAUGUCAAUCUUACCGUUCACUCCGCCGAUCGUGAAGAGGUUGCUGGGCUGGAAGAAGGGAGAGCAGAACGGACAGGAGGAGAAAUGGUGCGAAAAAGCCGUCAAGAGUCUGGUGAAGAAGCUGAAGAAGACGGGACAGCUGGACGAGCUCGAGAAAGCCAUCACAACUCAGAAUAUCAACACCAAGUGCAUCACCAUACCACGAUCACUAGAUGGUCGGUUGCAAGUAUCUCACAGAAAAGGACUUCCUCAUGUGAUCUACUGUCGUCUUUGGCGCUGGCCGGACCUGCAGUCUCAUCAUGAGCUCAGAGCCAUUGAACUCUGUGAGUUUGCCUUUCACAUGAAAAAGGACGAGGUCUGUGUCAAUCCCUACCACUACCAGCGGGUCGAGACACCAGUUCUUCCUCCAGUGCUGGUGCCUCGUCACACUGAAAUCCCCAGUGAAUUUCCUCCUCUGGAUGACUACAGUCACUCCAUCCCAGAAAACACCAUUUUCCCCGCUGGCAUCGAACCCCAGAGCAACUACAUACCAGAAACGCCCCCUCCAGGCUACAUCAGUGAGGAUGGAGAGACAAGCGAUCAUCAGAUGAACCGCGGUAUGGACACAGGGUCUCCAAAUCUGUCACCGAACCCUGUUUCUCCUGCCCACAACAAUUUAGAUCUACAGCCGGUGACAUACUGUGAACCAGCAUUCUGGUGCUCUAUCUCCUACUAUGAGCUGAACCAGAGAGUCGGUGAAACUUUCCAUGCCUCCCAGCCCUCUUUAACAGUAGACGGCUUCACAGACCCGUCCAACUCUGAACGCUUCUGUCUGGGCCUGCUGUCCAACGUUAAUCGCAACGCUGCUGUGGAGCUCACGCGCAGACACAUUGGCCGAGGUGUGCGUUUGUACUACAUCGGAGGUGAAGUGUUUGCAGAGUGUCUAAGUGACAGCGCCAUUUUUGUUCAGAGUCCCAACUGUAACCAACGUUAUGGCUGGCACCCCGCCACUGUUUGCAAGAUCCCACCUGGCUGUAAUCUGAAGAUCUUUAAUAACCAGGAGUUUGCAGCUCUGUUGGCCCAGUCUGUGAAUCAGGGCUUUGAGGCCGUGUACCAGCUCACCCGCAUGUGCACCAUUCGUAUGAGCUUCGUGAAGGGCUGGGGAGCCGAGUACAGGCGGCAGACAGUGACUAGCACCCCCUGCUGGAUAGAACUGCACCUGAACGGUCCUCUUCAGUGGCUGGACAAAGUGCUCACUCAGAUGGGCUCCCCCUCCAUCCGCUGCUCCAGUGUGUCAUAGGAAUAACACUCCCUACACAAACACAACAUAUACAAACCACAAGAUCUGGGGCAAAAACAGUUCCUUCAGGAGUCAAAGGCUGAAGACCUUCAAGUUGAAGACUCUGUAGCACUUUCACACGUGUCUCAUGUUGGAGGAGUGUAUUACAGUAUAUGUAUAUGUACAUA